AUGGCCUUCUCCUACUCAACCUACACUACAACCCGCGCACUCAACUACUCCUACAUUCACAUCCUGCCCCGACUCCCAAACACUCGAUACCUUCUCUUCCUACAUGGCUUCCCCUCAACCUCGUAUCACUGGCGCCAUCAAAUUCCCUUCUUCAAGGCAAAGGGCUAUGGUAUCAUAGCACCAGACUUACUUGGCUUUGGGGAGACGUCAAGACCGACUGAGCUGGAGAUGUACAAGGGUGAGGAUAUGGCAAGGGACAUCGUUGAAAUCUUGACGUCAGAGGGCAUCGGAACUAUUGUGGGCGUGGCACAUGACUGGUAUGUUAAAUCAGUGGAAGCAAAACUUGGGUUUUCGAUCCUGGGGUACUUCCUUCUUUUCGAUGACGACGAUGCUCCCACGCUUCUAGAUGAACAUUCCGAAUCCGUGGAGUCACUAUACUUUAGUACCGAUGAAGAGAUCACCAAGAAAUACAAAGGCGCUCUGGGCGGCUUACGCGCUUGGUUGACUGAGGGCAAGACUACCGAGUUGCCAGCCCAUUUGACAUCAGAGGAUCACAAAUAUUAUAAAAGCGCCUUCUCCAAGGAGAAAAGUGGCUAUGGAGGUGCGAUAAACUGGUAUAGGGCUGGUCUGCGUAACAUCAACGAAGAAGAUGAGCGAAAAAUCACAACGGAUGCCUAUAUCCUAACGCACCCAACCCUCUUAAUCACGUCCACGAACGUUAUUACUGCCGCGAUGGACAUCCCAGAGCAGAUGCGCCCUUUCGUGACCGAUUUCAUAGUUGAGCAAGUUACUGGUGGACAUUGGCUCCAGCUAGAGAAGCCAGAUGAGGUGAAUGAAAUUCUGGAUAAGUUUGUAACAGAGGUUGGAAACUGA